AAGCUUCGUCUUCAGAGACAAUCUUCCAUCUAACCCCAUCAUCCGGUUUACAUCAAAUUCAUAUUGAAAAUCGCCUCGAAAGAGAGCUUUCUAUCAAGCAAGCAUUCAGCAGACCUGGGAAACAAUCCGGUCUUAGUUACUACAGGGAUCCGAUCCCCCGUCACCAUAUCUUCUAUAUUCCGCCGCAUACCUUCCGUAGCCAACACUAUCAACGCAAUGUCCGGCGUGAUACGAAACCAGCCUACCGCUGCCUUCCAGGGUUUCUCCAUCUCUCAGCCCUUCCUCGGCGCGUCUUUGCAGUUCUACCCUGAGAUGGGUACCCAGGAACUCGACGACCUUGUCAACGCCUACCUCCCCGGCUCUGCCUCCAUCCAGGAGAAGCGUGCCACCGUCUCUAUGGACUUCUUUGCAUUCUCUCAGCUCACUGGAGAGACCUUCAAGUACUAUCCCGUUGCCAGCGACUCCAGCAGCUCCGCCGUCUCCUCUGCCGGAUCUAGCCCCAUGCAGAACUCCAGCAGCAGCUCCAACUUUGUCUCCCCUGUCAUUUCUGACUGGUCUUGGUCUCAGUCCACACCCAGCUCAGCCUCUGCUUCUACUCCCACGUCCGUCAGCCAGGAAUCCGUGUAUUCCAAGUCAUCCAGGAGGGCUGCAUCUUCUGCGACAAAGCCCCAGGCCAACGACUUCUCCCAUCUCCCUGGGAUGAAGAUCAUGACAAAGGAUGGUCGCGAUGUCACAAACUCUGCUUCUCGCGGUUGCAAGACCAAGGAGCAGCGUGAUCAUGCGCAUCUGAUGCGCAUCAUCAAGGCAUGCGACGCCUGCAAGAAGAAGAAGGUCAGAUGCGACCCUAGCCACAAGAAGCGCACCACCACACAGGCUCAGGGUAUUGCUGCCGCUCCAGCGCGGUCGGCGAAGAAGGCCAAGACGUCGAAGAGGGAUUCGCCAGUGGCAGCCGAAAGGUCACCACAACCAAGCACAUCAUUUUCAACACCAGCAUUAUUUACAGAGUCCUCAUUCGCAGAUCUCGACAUGCUCAAUAUGGUAGAUUCUUGGGAGUCCCUCGUCCAGUUCGACGACGAGCCCGCCAACGUCGCUCCUUUCGAGUACGACUUCUUCUUCGACCCCGCGGGACAUCUCACUCCCGAGUCAAGCCAGUCUCCCAUUACUCCCUCGAUGGUCUUCAGCCAGUCUCAGAACGGCUUCGAUGGCCUUCAAAACGUGGUUGCCAGCAAGCCAUUCCCCGACGAGCUCGAUGUUCGGCCACCGGCGCUUCCUUACCUGGACUCUUCCCCGCGUAUCAGCAACUACGUCGACUUCAGCCUCUACUCACCCGAGCCAAGCUUCUUGGAUGACGAUGUUGCACUACUCAGUGACAUUGGUACUACUACUACCAAGAUGAUUACUCGGCAGACGAUAGCGGAGUCCCGGUAAGCGGAACUGCACUGGGAGGAACCAGCGCCGUGGUCCGUCGUCACCGGCACCGUCCAUCGUCGGUAGCCGUACAUGCUGGAGUACCGGGCGCUUCAAUGUCUGAGUCUCAAUUGAGCCUAUCCGACGUCAAUGCAACAACAUCCCGCAGUGUACGCUCACAACGACUUGCGGACACAGCCCUGCAACCAAGCUCGCUACAAUUACUACCACUGCCACAUGCCACGUCUCGCUCUGCUGUUGAUCU